GAUUAAUUUUGUGUGCGGUUGAUGGUUCUGAGGAACGCGACUGCGCGACCGGCCGUGGGAAUGGUGGCGUGAAACUAUAGGGUGAAGUGUCACGUUAGCGCGCGCCAACGUCCGUCAGGAUGCCGAAGAUCUUCCUGAUCAAGAACCGGCUGCAUCAGCAGCAGUUGAGGCUGCUGGAGGCGCAACACCUUGGGAAGAGUCCGCCACCCUGUAGCGGAAAGGACAGUCCACUUGGUUGCUCCGAACCCCUCAGUCUUAUCGUGAAUAAACACCAAUAUCGCGAGAAAACGGACGACGAUCGUGCGACGACCCCUGAAUCUCUCCGCAGCAGCAGUCCAGCCUCCUCUCCGCCUCCGCAAUGGCAAUCGUCGAGCACACCAACGAGCACACCACCUCGAAGAUUCAUCUCGAGUAUCCUAGGCGGAGAUGUGCCGUACGGAAGCAGAGGUCACGUGCUGACCCGUGCGGAACGCAAGGAAUACAGCAGCCCUCCUAUCGCACCCUCGUCCAGCGAUGCUUCUCAGUUUCUCGCGAAAUCGGAGAAGCUGGUGCUGCCCAGACCGAGCACCCCUCCAAAGACGCCGCGUGUCGAACCACCGACCAGGGUUUCGGUCAUCCAGAGGGUUCCCUCCCAGAGCCAAUCGGCCUCUAGGAGGGAGGACAAUAAAGUCGAGGUACCGCAGACUCAAGAACCGGAACAGGAACAACCGAUCGAUUACGCGGUGCCGAAGAGAAAGGAGGAGGACGAGGAGCGAGGCCGUGAAGGCGCAAAAGUGUCGCGCGCGAUCGGCAACUCGAUCGCCAGGCCUCUCCUGGCCAUGAGACUAUCCGGUCCUCAGGUGGUCCAUGCAGCCGCUGGCCACGGAAGAUCGUCUAGUUCUGGUAGCAACGGUAGUUCCGGUUCCAGUAGCGGCUCCAGUAAUUCAGGCAGCUCCUCUUCCAAUUCUACCGGAAGCAGCAGCUAUUGUGGUGGAGGAGCGGUCACAGGAGGAAGUGGCGGUGGUGGUGCUGUUGGCGGUGGCGCCGGAGGAGGAAUGAAUCCUGGAGGAAACGGUGGUCGUGGAAACUAUGGGCCAAGUUCGCCGCCUACCGGUUCCCUCCCACCUUUCUACGAAUCUCUCAAAGGAGGGAACAAUCUGGCGAAUUUUGCGAACCAAUACAACAGUACUCAAGGAAACGGUUACCUGACACCGUCGCCAGCGGUAGGAAUGGAGUGUGACACGGGACAACAGGACGUAAACUCUCAACAUUCUCAGUACAACGCCCAAGAGGGCAAACAAUACUCCCUCUUACAAAACGUCUGCGCCUCCUACGGUUUAACGUUAAAGGAGGAGGAAGAUUUGUCUCCGUACAAGAUCCAAGCGAACGAUCUUCUCUCGGGACAGUACGGUGCCUACGAUAUGACCGACACGGGAAUGAUGGUGGACAUGGUGACCGGAGCGGUGGUGGAUCCUCUUCAAUUCACCGCCACGCUGACCUUCAGCUCGCCCUCCGACCACACAGCACUUCUGGAAAGCCUCAGCGACGCUGCUGACCUGUUUCUGCCGAGGCUACCAGCCGAAGAUGGCAGCAACGAUCUCCUGGAAGAAUCGUUACACUCUCCAGCCUCUGCCGGCAGUGGAAUUGGCCAGGAUGCCGGACAAAUGACCACUCCUGUGGAACCUAGCGUCGAUCCCUUCCCCGAGCACAGCAUGGCCUUGACCAGGGGCUUCGACGCGUCGAGGCACUACACGGCAGCUCCUCAACAUUUCAGCAACUCGAAAUUAGGACUGACAUACAACACCGGCGAGUCGAGUUAUCAGUCUGUCUCCAAGGAACGUCCAGAGCUGGCUCUUCACAUAAACCAGAACCAGCAUCAUCAGUCUGAGCCUCAGUUGCAACAGUUGCAGAUACAGGUUCAGCUUCAGCAACAGCAACAACAACAGCAACAACAGCAGCAGCAACAAACCACAGCCACGUCGCCUCAUCAGCAGCAACACCAAGGACUCUUGAGUCCAGGAUUAAGCUUCACCGGUAGUGGUCUGGAACUAGAUUCAGGUAGCAGCGUUGGUGGAAGUCUACCGAGUCCUGGAGCUGCGAGCUGUUCGUUGGACGCUGCCUCGACUAGCACGUCGCCGUCAUGCGCUCUUAUGGAACACGCAGCAAGCCCAUCGGCCACAGUGUCCUCGGCGUCGGUGAGCACCGUACAACCAACCGGGCCAGUUGGAGAACCACCACUGACGCAACGGGUCGGUGUACUACAGCAAAGGCUGGGACUGCCAGGUGACUGUCAGUUGGAGUUCGUCAACGGCGGCCACGGUAUUAAAAAUCCUCUGGCGAUCGAGGGUCAGAGACAGGCCGCGGCAAAUCGCGAGGAAGAGAGGGCAACCCGACCUCCGCCUGGCAAGGACGACGAUCCAAAUCGAUUCACGUGCCGCGUCUGCAGCAAGAACUUCAGCCUGCAACGGCUGUUGAACCGCCACAUGAAAUGCCACAGCGACGUGAAACGUUAUUUAUGCACGUUCUGCGGGAAAGGUUUCAACGACACGUUCGACCUGAAGAGGCACACGAGAACGCACACAGGCGUUCGACCCUACAAGUGCAAUCUCUGCGAGAAGAGCUUCACCCAGAGAUGCUCUCUGGAAAGUCACUGCCUUAAGGUUCACGGUGUUCAGCAUCAGUACGCCUACAAGGAACGUCGCACAAAGGUGUACGUAUGCGAAGAAUGUGGUCACACGACGCAGGAGCCGGAGGUUCAUUACCUUCACCUGAAAGAUAAGCACCCAUACAGCCCGGCGUUGUUGAAGUUCUACGAUAAGCGACAUUUCAAGUUCACCAACAGCAAUUUCGCCAACAUGCUGCUCCAGGGUGGCCUGUUGCAACGGGACUCGCGGAAUAAGGACAGCUGCGUAAAGUCAGCCUCGAAAAGCCUCGAAGGGCCUCUUCGACGCGCCACGGCAUUGUUGCAUCUGGGUCGAGCUUCCAGCUUCUGAUGACGCACAGGAGGAGGAUGGAAGAAGAAAGAAGAGGAAGAAGAGGAGAGGAGAGUAGGCUAGCUCCAAUUUUAGCCACUCAACCGGAACUCCAUCGAACGGAUCCCGAAGUAAACGUCGCGCGAAAAGUACCUGCAGGUGGCUCCCCUUUAGCGGUGAACACACGACGGC